AUGGGUGACAGCAGAGGUAAGAAAAUGACACCACUGGUGUUUUCGAAUGAAGUUCGCUAACUAUCAAGACACUUAAGCAUUUUGUCUUUAUGUUCCAGCUGCAGUGGUCAACUAUAGUUGGUGCAUUAGAGAUGCUUGUUGACAAUAUUUGCAUUGGCUCAAGGCAUAACAAGUUACUAAGCUACCUAACUGAAUAGCCUAGUUGGCUAUAGCUACCAGGAUGCUCUCACAAACUACACAAAAAACUAUAUCACCCCAGUUUUAGUCAGAUUAAUCAGUCUGUAAUACACACUUAUUGGUAUAUAACGUUACAGCUUGAAACGAAUGACUGCAAAAUCGUGUAAAUGUUCCUUACAAGCCAGAAUGUUGAAUAAAAUUAUAUUUUAAAUUACUCUACCAAUUAGUUUUCUGUGGUGUUGGUCCUUCAGGUCGAAAUUUGACACAAAAUAUCCACAAGAAAGUAUUGUUUACUCAACCUUUUAGAGCGCCCGGUACUGAAGUUGACAUUUCUAUCACCUGGCACAUGCGCAAAACCAUGUAAACACCAGUAGAUCACUGGAACCUUGCUCCCAGCUAUCCAGGACAUCUACUCAAAACGGUGCCUGAGGAAGGCCUGCAGCAUCAUCACAUCCCAGCCACGAGCUGUUCACUCCCGACUGUCGGGAAGAUGGUAUCGGAGCAUGAGGUCUGAUAUCAAAAGGCUCAGAGACAGUUAACAUUUACAAGCAAUCAUCAGACUGCUGAACACUUGAACUGGACUGACCACAUUUACAUUUUAGUAAUUUAGCAGACGCUCUUAUCCAGAGCGACUUACAGUUAGUGAGUGACUACCUGCGCUGACGCUCCGCACCUUGGCACACAUGCUCGCGCGCGCGCGCACACACACACAUCACAACUGCUGCUACCAGACUCUUAUUAUGAUUGUUAAAUACUGUAUUAACUUAUGCUAAAAUGUUUAUUCUACUCUACUGAGCCAUUUACUCUGUUCUUAUUCUUAUAUUUUCUUAUUUUUUAUUGUUGAGAAGGAACCUGCAAGUAAGCAUUUAGUUCGAUGGUGUAUACCAUGUGUAUCCCGUACAUACGACUAACAAAACUUGAAACUUGACUUCAGUUAGUAUGCCUGAAUUGCAUGUACUUCCGUCUUGUGCACGUGCCUUCGGUCAUGAGCAAACGUGAUGCACGCAACAUUCUGGCUUGUAAGGAACAUGUACAUGAUUUUGCAGUCAUUAGUUUCAGGCUGUAUAUACCGAUGAAUUGCUUAUUACAACCGGAUUAAUCAGACUACCCUGUUUAUUCAACCUCCAUUGGCUUCCUGUUCAAUACAGGAUCAAAUAUAAGAUUCUUGCUGCUCACCUUUUUAAGGCCCUCAACGAUGAUGCACCUAAAUACAUAUGCCAACUUCUAGAGAACUAUUCCCCAGCACCCACACUAUGAUCAUCAAACUCAAACAGCCUGGUCACACCAGUUACAAACCUGUGCAGCAUGUGGCCCUACACAAUUUCUGUGUUUAAAACACAACUAAAGACCUACCUAUUCAAGCUAGCUUUUAAUGUUUGAUCGCUUAAUCUGCUUAAAGUCUGUCUUUUGUAUUAAUAGGUAAUGGUUUGAUGUAUUGUGAUUUUUAUUUCUACUUCUACUAUUCAUUGUUGCUGUUUUCUUUUCUACCUCACAGUGCCUUCAGAAAGUAUCCCCCCCCACCCCCCUUUUGACUUUUUCCAAAUUUUGUGUUACAGCCUGAAUUUAAAAUGGAUUACAUUUAGAUUUGUUGUCACGGAUCUACACACAAUACCCUAUAAUGUCAGUGGAAUUUUGUUUUUAGAAGUUUCCAAAUUAAAAAUAAAUACGUCUGAAAUGUCUUGAGUCAAGUAUUCAACCCUUUUGUUUUGGCAAGCCUAAAUAAGUUCAGGAGUAAAAAUGUGCUUAACAAGUCACAUACAGUGCAUUCGGAAAGUAUUCAGACCCCUUGACUUUUUCCACAUUGUUACGUUACAUCCUUAUUCUAAAAUUGAUUGAAUAGUUUUUUUCCCUCAUCAAUCGACACACAAUACCCCAUAAUGACAAAGCAAAAACAGGUUUUUAUACAUUUAUGCACAUUUAUUACAAAUUUAAAACUGAAAUAUCACAUUUACAUAAGUAUUCAGACCCUUUACUCAGUACUUUGUUGAAGCAACUUUGGCAGCGAUCACAGCCUGGAGUCUUUUUGGGGAUGACGCUACAAGCUUGGCACACCUGUAUUUGGGAAGUUUCUCUCAUUCUUCUCUGCAGAUCCUCUCAACCUCUUUCAGGUUGGAUGGGGAGCGUCGCUGCACAGCUAUUUUCAGGUCUCUCCAGAGAUGUUCGACCGGGUUCAAGUCCAGGCUCUGGCUUGGCCACUCAAGGACAUUCAGAGACUUGUCCCAAAGCCAGUCCUGUGUUGUCUUGGCUGUGUGCUUAGGGUUGUUGUCCUGUUGGAAGGUGAACCUUAGCCCCAGUCUGAGUUUUUUAACCUGCUCCAGAGCGCUUUCAUCAAGGAUCUCUCUGUACUUUGCUCCGUUAAUCUUUCCCUCGAUCCUGACUAAUCUCCCAGUUCCUGCCGCUGAAAAACAUCCCCACAGCAUGAUGCUGCCACCACCAUGCUGCACCGUAGGGAUGGUGCCAGGUUUCCUCCAGACGUGACGCUUGACAUUCAGGCCAAAGAGUUCAAUCGUGGUUUCAUCAUAUCAGAGAAUCUUGUUUCUCAUGGUCUGAGAGUCCUUUAGGUGCCUUUUGGCAAACUCCAAGCGGGCUUUGUGCCUUUUACUGAGGAGUGGCUUCCGUCUGGCCACUCUACCAUAAAGUCCUGAUUGGUGGAGCGCUGCAGAGAUGGUUGUCCUUCUGGAAGGUUCUCCCAUCUCCACAGAGUAACUCUGGAGCUCUGUCAGAGUGACCACCGGGUUCUUGGUCACCUCCCUGACCAAGGCCCUUCUUCCCCGAUUGCUCAGUUUGGCUGGGCGGCCAGCUCUAGGAAGAGUCUUGGUGGUUCCAAACUUCUUCCAUUUAAGAAUGAUGGAGGUCACUGUGUUCUUGGGGACCUUCAAUGCUGCAGAUAUUUUUUGGUACCCUUCCCCAGAUCUUUGCCUCGACACAAUCCUGUCUCAGAGCUCUACGGACAAUUCCUUCGACCUCAUGGCUUGGUUUUUGCUCUGACAUGCACUGUCGACUGUGGGACAUUAUAUAGACUGGUGUGUGCCUUUCCAAAUCAUGUCCAAUCAAUUGAAUUUAUCACAGGUGGACUCCAUUCAAGUUGUAGAAACAUCUCAAGGAUGAUCAAUGGAAACAGGACGCACCUGAGCUCAAUUUUGAGUCUCAUAGCAAAGGGUCUGAAUACUUAUGUAAAUAAGGUAUUUCUGUUUUUUAAUACAUUUGCGAAAUGUUCUAAAAACCUGUUUUCGCUUUGUCAUUAUGGGAUAUUGUGUGUAGAUUCAUGAGGAUUUGUAUUUAUUUAAUCCAUUUUAGAACAAGGCUGUAAUGUAACAAAAUGUGGAAAAAGUCACAGGGUCUGAAUACUUUCCGAAUGCACUGUAAAUUGCAUGGACUCACUCUGUGUGAAAUAAUAGUGUUUAACAUGAUUUUUAAAUGACUACCCCAUUGCUGUACCCCACAUAAUUAUCUGUAAGGUCCCUCAGUCGAGCAGUGAAUUUCAAGCACAGAUUCAACCACAUUGUAGCUAGGGGAACUUUGCUUUAUCUUGGCCAGGUCGCAGUUGUAAAUGAGAACCUGUUCUCAACUGGCUUACCUGGUUAAAUAAAGGUGAAAUAAAAAUAAAAAUAAAAAAAAACAAAGACCGGGGAGGUUAUCCAAUGGUUCGCAAAGAAUGGCAGCUAUUGGUAGAUGGGUAAAAAAACAAACAGACAUUGAAUAUCCCUUUUGAUCAUGGUGCAGUUAUUAAUUACACUUUGGAUGGUGUAUCAUUACACCCAGUCACUACAAAGAUACAGGCUCCCUUCCUAACUCAGUUGCCAGAGAGGAAGGAAACCGCUCAGGGAUUUCACCAUGAGGCCAACAAUGAUUUUAAAUCAGUUACAGAGUUUAAUGGCUAUGAUAGGAGAAUUGUGGGUUGAUCAACAACAUUGUAGUUACGCCACAAUACUAACAUAAAUUACAGUGAAAUGAAGGGAGCCUUUACAGAAUGUUCCAAAACAUGCCUCCUGUUUGCAACAAGGCACUAAAAAUUGACCAAGAAAUUAACUUUUUGUCCUGAAUACAAAGUGUUAUGUUUGGGGCAAACCCAACACAACCCAUCACUGAGUACCACUCUUCAUAUUUUCAAGCAUGGUGGUCGCUGCAACAUGUUAUGGGUAUGCUCGUCAUCGGCAAGGACUAGGGAGUUUUUUGGGAUAAAAAGAAACGGAAUAGAGCUAAGCACAGGCAAGUCUUACAGAAAUUAUCUGCUACACACUAGCUCAGCACCGGGUUCAAAAUCUCUAGUUUCAUGUCAAGUCAAACAGUAGUUAACGAGCCAUAUACUGCCAUCUUCCACCUCUGCACUGUUUUGAGAGAAAAGUUGCGCUGUUCACUGCAGAGCUGCAUCGAUGCGCUGUCCCAGAGUAGCCAGCCGCGAAAGCAACUUUCCCGCCCUGGUUCUGAGCCGUCUGCAUGGUCCUGAAGCCAGCUCUCUGAUACCGCUACACUGAAUUCGCCUUUUCAAUCGGGAUUAGAACAAUUUUAGUGACCUAUUUUAAAUAGUUGAUGUUGAGCAAGUGUAUUGCAACUGCCAUACUCUGCCAUACCCAAUUGACACCCCUGGGCCUAACCCUUGUAAAGUUAAGCACACAAAAAACAAAACAAACUUCAUUGUAGCUAGGGGAACUAUCAUUCAUUAUUUUCUUAAACUUGAGUUGUAUGUAGGGUAUCAUCACUCUCUGCCAUAUAAUCCCUGUCAUUUCUCACCAGAUUCCCGCAGCCCAGACAGCUCCUCUGUGUCCUCCCCUCCCUCGGGCCAGCGCUCACCCCCCCUGACCCCCACAGCUGCCGCCAUGACGUCUCUGCCGCCCAUCACCUCGGCCGUCAACAGCCCCAUCAGCAGCAUGGGCUCGCCCUUCUCCGUCAUCAGCUCCUCCCUGGGGUCGCCAUGUCUGCCCGGGACACCCUCGGUGGGCUACGGCCCCAUCAGCAGCCCCCAGGUGAGCCCUGAGUUCGACAGGUAGCUAACACUAUUCUAUUAUACCACUCUUCUCCUGCCUCAUCUUUCACCUCUCAGGGCCAUUCAGAGAUGGGCAGUUGGCGCCAUGGUCAAUAAAUGCUGCUUUACAGUAGUGGCCUGUGUGAACCAAGUGUGACUUUAUAGGCUGCAGUCAACAUGCGUGUAUCUGCCAGUAUCAUCAGCCUCUUUGGUGAUUGGUUGAGAAGAGUAUCACUUGUUGAGCUCACUUUUAUUGUAAAUAAACAAUUGGCUGCUAUUUUACAGCCCCUAAAAUGUGCAAUAUACUGUGAUAUGUUAUUGGUCAAUAGUGAAAAAUCAAUAGUUAAAUAUCGGGAUAUCAUUUUUGAUGAUAUAUCAUAUAGUUUUGGCAAUAUUAUUUUUGCGCUAGUUGGCUGUACCUGCACCAAAACUCAAGUAUUUUUCCUUCAUAGCUUGUUCUCCAUCCACUUUUAUUUCCAUGACUGAUCAAAACUCGUAUUAUCAUGGCUCUCUCUUGUCCCUCUGCAGCAGACAUAUGGUGAGCUGUAUGUUUGGAACAUCGAAUCGCAAUAAAAUCACAGUAUCGAAUCUCAAUACAUAUAGAAUCGCAAUAGAUAUCGUGUCGACAGCUAAGCAUCGUGAUAAUGUCGUAUCUUGAGGUCCCUGGCAAUUCCCAACCCUAUAGGUAAAGUGAAAUUGUGUAUAACUACCAAAGGCAAACGUGAAACUAUACAUAUCUAGAUAUUGUAAAUCCUUGAUUCUUAAAAUUCCAGGUAACAAUUAUAUUUUUGUCUGCAAAAUCAACCAUGAAACAGCAUUAUUUGGGUACUUUUUAAACAUGUUGCCCUGUUCUUAAUUGUAUGGUAGAAGUAGGCUGUUUGUCUCUCGGUCGUACACUUUGAAUGCGUUCUGACUUUAAAAACCUCACAAAAUAUUAAAUUAAUUCAGUAAUGAUUAAAUGAUGACAUUUUAGAUCAAGGGUGCCAGUGGAUGAAUCAUUGGUUGCCAUCAAAACCACACAUCAAAAGAUCAAACUCUCUCUGUCCUCCUCCUGCAUAUGACUAGAAAAUAGGGAACAUAUUCUGCAAUAUUUCCAUGAAAGAUAUACAUAAAAUCCAUACAUUCACAUGCACAAAGUACAGUUUUUAAAUAUACGUUUAAUUUAUCUGCAUCUGCAAAAAUUGUUGAUUAAAAAAAUAAUAUAUAUAUUUUUUUUUAAUGAUUUGUCCAAGGGGCUCGUAGUGACAGCAUAGUAGUGAAUAUCCAAACAAAUACCCAGACUGUCCAUCUCUGAGUGUACCCACCCCUCUUUCUGCCCUCUACUUUAUCCCUUUCUUUCUACUUCACAGAUCAAUAUGUAUACCAGGAGUGCAGAGGUAAGACCCCCCCCAUCACCACCUCUGCUUUUCUCUUUAUUUUGAUUUGUAUUCCCUCCAUCUCCUCUCACAUCAGAUGGUCCUUUUCAGUGUUAUUUCUCCUCCUCUCCCUCCCUUGCUUUUUCUCUUUCUCCUCCCCCCAUUUCACUUUUUGCCUCUGAUUCUCCUCAAACGUCCUCAUGAAUUAAUCCGGCUAUGAGGAUGCCCUGAGACUUAACUGCUUAAACUGGUGAUGGUGAGAAGUGCUCUGUAAUCUCUAUUGCUUUGAGGGCGAGGGAGGCGGGGUCCAGAUGCUCCUUUCUCCGCCAAUGAUGCCUGGAUGUGCGAACGGGAAAUUUAAUGUGGCUUUAAUACUGAUCAAACAGCCCACUCAAAAAGAUAACUGCCGUUAUGUAUGUGAUUGUUGGAUGCAUGAAAGUGAUGAUGUUUUUUGUUUUUUUUCUUGAAAUAUGACAGCUCUGCAUCUGACUCCAAAUAAUCAAACUAAGGAGUGAUGUGCUGUCAUUACGUGACAUUAUCAGUGACGCAUAAAUGACUUCUCCUCUCCUACCCCUUUUAAUGAAAUAUUUCCCCUCUCACUCCUCCCCUAUCCCAUCCCCCUUUUCUCUCGGCCUCCAGAUCAACUCCACAGUGUCCAUGUCGGGCCUCCAUGCGGUCAGCAGCUCGGACGACGUGAAGCCUCCGUUCGGGCUGGGGGGCCACAGCCCAGGGGGCCCCAUGCUCUCCCAAAAGCGCCUGUGUGCCAUCUGUGGUGACCGCUCCUCCGGUAACUUUAGGCCCAAUCCCAAAUCGGCCCCUAGACCCUAUGCACUUGUAGAGAUCGGAGAUUAAUUGAAUGGGGUAUGCAAUAUGGCGACAACCCCACCCAGCCUGUAAGAAGAGAAGUUGAAAUAUUUACUCUUCGAUCUGUAGGACAGGCUAGGGGUUGAUUUAGGGUCUGUGUCAGGGGGGAUCUGAGCGAGAAGCACUAGUGGUGCAAUAUGCUUUGUUUAUUUUACAGGCGUUGAAUGGAAUUUAGUUAGGUGGUGUCGAUUUUUCCCAUGAAUUUGGGAUUGACACCUUCAGAUUUCUGCUGUGCAUAUGGAUCUACACAACAUAUGGCAUGGACUUAUACCCUUAUGGUAUGGAAACGUCAGAUAACCCUCGAUUUGGGGUGAACUACUCCUUUCCUUUCCAUAGUGUAGAAAAUUUAAAAAAAGCUGCAUAACAUUUUUUCAACACAGCAGGGAACUGUUUUUCCAUCUCUCCCUUGUCUGUACCAGUUCAGUUUCUACUAUAAGGGAGCGAAACACUUCAUGUAUUUUCAUUACCAUCACACCUGAAGAACUAUGCGCUCUAGGCUUAGUGCCUGAAUUAUUGAAAGUGGUUUGUUGCUGAUGUAACCUUUCCUCCUUUUGCUAUCCCCCUAUUCCCUCUCUAUUUCUGUCUGUCUUUUUGCAUUCCUCUUUCUUGUCAUUCUCUCUCUCUCUCUCUCUCUCUCUCUCUCUCUCUCUCUCUCUCUCUCUCUCUCUCUCUCUCUCUCUCUCUCUCUCUCUCUCUCUCUCUCUCUCUCUCUCUCUCUCUCUCUCUCUAGGUAAGCACUACGGGGUACACAGCUGCGAGGGCUGCAAGGGUUUCUUCAAGCGCACGGUGCGCAAGGACCUGAGCUACACCUGCCGGGACAACAAGGACUGCCUGGUGGACAAGCGCCAGCGCAACCGCUGCCAAUACUGCCGCUACCAGAAGUGCCUGGCCUGUGGCAUGAAGAGGGAAGGUAAAGGAGAGCCCAGCAGUCUGCUAUCCUCAACUAGCAUUCAAUAUGUCUUAUUAAAGGGCAACACUAUCACCAGGUAAGGUAUGGCUUGAAAUGGAAGGAGAGAGGGAUGCAAUGAGGGAUAUGAAGAGUGAGACUGCACAAAGACAGAAAGAGUGAGGGAGAGCUAGGAUCCUUAUUGAAAUUGGGUCUGACUUGCUACAGAAAGAACACUAAGAAAGUAGAGGGAUGGGGCACCUUGUGUACCUUAACCAGAUGAUCCCCACUCACCAACCAUCCUGUUGCCCUGCUGAAAUAACACUGUUUGACAUUGUUGACAAAAAGAUUGUAUAGCCUACUUGCUAUAAAACUAUUUCCAAUUGCUGUUUUAAAUCCACUGAAAUAAUCUAUGUAUAAUAAAGAUGUCUAAGAGCGUUUAAGAUUUUCUUUGAAUAUUGUAAUAUGAAUUUCGAAGGGGAGAGUAUUGAUUGUACUCAAAGGGGAUGGAAAGAGCGAGAAACAGAGUUGGAGAGAGGGGGAUGGAGAGCCUUGUAAACACUAACCCCUGUCCCCCUCUCUCCCCUCUUGUUUCCUCUCUCCCUUCUUCUGUAGUGGUCCAAGAUGAACGACAGAGAUGUAAGGAGGGACGGAGGGAGGGAUGGGUGUGAGAGAGAGAUUGAGAGAAUAGCAUUUCAUUUGGUGGGGGGAAUAGUGCAGAGUACCUGUUAUGUCGUUUUAUGUCAGUGCUCAGAAAUGGACCAUACCACACAAAAGACGUCGCUCUCUUGCCUACAAGACUUUGAAACAAUCAUCCUAUUCUAAUGUUUGUAAAUGUUUCAAGUGUUUUAUUUGGUCAAGAGGUAAAACAACAAUAUGUUAUGUUGUUUUGUUAUGAUGGUCCAUUUCUGUGUGAGGUAUGUUGCAAAAUGUAUUGGUAUGAAACAGGGGUCUGAAACUCAAAUUACCAGGUGCAACGUAAGUCUUACGGCCCUGAUAUACUAUAGCCAUCGGGCGUACGGCAUUGCCAUCAGCCAUUGAGGAAAUGCUUCCUUUGAAAUCCAUGAAAUCUGCUUCACUGCCCGUGUUGCGCUCGCAUUGCGUCACGUCCAAUGGCAAGCUCUAGAAUCGCAGAGGUUCAAUUCUUGACGCCUGCGUUCAUUCUAUCUUGUGAAUUGGAAUAAUGAGAAAUAAAGUUGAUUUUGAUUGCGUAUGGCCUCGACUACACCACUGGUUAAUUUACUAAGAUUUAUGAAGUCAAGAAGCUACUACUACUAGCUAGCUACGUUGACUAGCUAGGUUCAUAAUGUAAACAAAAGCAACUUGUGUAAUUAGAGGAUCAUUUAGUAAAAACACUACCAACUAUUUAAUGAGUACUUCCGAAAAGACUGGACCAAAGCUAUUGUACUUACGCAUAAUCAAUGAAUAUGGCACGAUACAUUAAGGGAAAAUAGAAUAAAGAAGCUCCUCCCUCUCUGCUCCUCUCUGCUCUCAAAACAACGCUCUGUGUAGCAGGUAGGACUGCAUUCUCUGAUAGUGGUGCACGGAUGACUGGUAUUGUUGUGCCAGUUUAUGUGGUCUGGGGUGACUCCAAAGAGAUAUAACCUGUAAUGUGCCAUAGGGAUAAACCUUAUUGUGGGUUGAUUCUAAUAGGAAAAUUCUCUUGAGGGCUGAUGGGAAUCAGAUAUCAGUCUUGGGGCCGCAAGAAAGCAGCUUGCGAGCCUGGUGUGGCCCCCAGGCCUUGAGUUUGAGACCCCUGGUGUGAAAGGUAAAGAUAGCAUUGUUGUUUGAACUAACCGGGAAAUGUACAUAUCUGUGUAUCUCGCUCUGUCUCCUUUUCUCUACCUGUCUCAUUCUUUACUUUACUCACUUCACAUUCCUCUCUUUCUUGACUUUUUUCUUGCUCUCUUUAUUCUUUCCUAUUUCUCCUCCCUUUUUUUGUUUCCCCACCUUUCUCUCUCACCGUUCUUUUUCUUCUUCACUUUGCUUCCCGUUUGCUCUCGCUCUCAUCUCAUUGCCUUUUCCUGCUCUUUCUUUAUCUUUUCACCCUCCAUCCUUCUCCCCCUGCUGCUCCCUUGCUUUCCCCUCUCAUCCUCCCCUCCUUCCCUCUCUCCUUCCCUCUGCCCUUCCUGUGCCCCUGCAGCCGUGCAGGAAGAGCGCCAGAGGAACAAGGAGCGGGAGAGCGAGGUGGAGUCGACCAGCGCUGUCAACGAGGAGAUGCCCGUGGAAAAGAUCCUGGAGGCCGAGAUGGCCGUGGAGCAGAAGACUGAGCUGCAUGCCGACGGGAGCUCCGGGGGCAGCUCGGUAAAUUUGUCUGUGUGACACACCAUCUGGCCCUGCGAUGCACACAUACCAACUUCUCAUACUCCGUUCCUCACACUGUCUAUUAUUAUUUCUAGACAUUUGAUUGUGCGACUGCGCCAACAAUUUAUUGUGAUUACAAUAUAUUCUGAGACCACAAACCUACUUAGUUUAAAUGUGACCCAGAGGUCUCCAGUCUCUAUUUUGUGCCCUAUGUUGAAGCCAGUCUCUCUCCCUCUGUUUCUCUCUCCAGCCCAACGACCCAGUCACCAAUAUCUGCCAGGCUGCAGACAAGCAGCUGUUUACCCUAGUGGAGUGGGCAAAGAGGAUCCCCCACUUCUCUGAGCUGGCCCUGGACGACCAGGUCAUCCUGCUACGUGCCGGUAUGCUCAAAAAGCCUUCGCCUUUCAUGUUCAUCGGCACCAAAUGGAAGAAAGCAAACUGAAACAGUGAGGGACUAACUGGACAUAUCCAAUAAAACAUUAUUAUUUUUUGUUGUCAUGCCCCAUAAUGAACACGGCCCUGCUCAGCUUUGACCUCAUUAAAUCCCAGCCGUACACAGGACUACAUGGAUAGGCUGAUAACCCUGUCUCUCUCCAGGUUGGAACGAGCUGCUGAUCGCUUCCUUCUCUCACCGCUCUAUCAGCGUGAAGGACGGCAUCCUAUUGGCCACCGGCCUGCACGUGCACAGGAACAGUGCCCACAGCGCUGGCGUGGGAGCCAUCUUCGACAGGUAACACACACAGGCACAUGCACAUGUGCGAUGGACCUCGGUGAAGCACGUAGAAGCAACCUUUUACAUGUUCAUUUUCAAAGAGAAGCUUAUAAACUGCAGGGAGAAUAAUUGAAAAAAAGGUGCAUUCUGCAUUGGUUUUAUGCUCAGUUUUCAAUUAACAGUCAACACUUAGUGUUUUUGGAAUGGCAGUUUAUUUUAUUUUAUCAUACACGCCAUCAUAUACAGUGGGGAAAAAAAGUAUUUAGUCAGCCACCAAUUGUGCAAGUUCUCCCACUUAAAAAGAUGAGAGAGGCCUGUAAUUUUCAUCAUAGGUACAUGUCAACUAUGACAGACAAAAUGAGAAGAAAACAAAAUCAGAAAAUCACAUUGUAGGAUUUUUUAUGAAUUUAUUUGCAAAUUAUGGUGGAAAAUAAGUAUUUGGUCAAUAACAAAAGUUUCUCAAUAAUUUGUUAUAUACCCUUUGUUGGCAAUGACACAGGUCAAACGUUUUCUGUAAGUCUUCAAGGUUUUCACACACUGUUGCUGGUAUUUUGGCCCAUUCCUCCAUGCAGAUCUCCUCUAGAGCAGUGAUGUUUUGGGGCUGUCGCUGGGCAACACGGACUUUCAACUCCCUCCAAAGAUUUUCUAUGGGGUUGAGAUCUGGAGACUGGCUAGACCACUCCAGGACCUUGAAAUGCUUCUUACGAAGCCACUCCUUCGUUGCCCGGGCGGUGUGUUUGGGAUCAUUGUCAUGCUGAAAGACCCAGCCUUGUUUCAUCUUCAAUGCCCUUGCUGAUGGAAGGAGGUUUUCACUCAAAAUGAUACAUGGCCCCAUUCAUUCCUUUACACGGAUCAGUCGUCCUGGUCCCAUUGCAGAAAACAGCCCCAAAGCAUGAUGUUUCCACCCCCAUGCUUCACAGUAGGUAUGGUGUUCUUUGGAUGCAACUCAGCAUUCUUUGUCCUCCAAACACGACGAGUUGAGUUUUUACCAAAAAGUUAUAUUUUGGUUUCAUCUGACCAUAUGACAUUCUCCCAAUCCUCUUCUGGAUUAUCCAAAUGCACUCUAGCAAACUUCAGACGGGCCUGGACAUGUACUGGCUUAAGCAGGGGGACACGUCUGGCACUGCAGGAUUUGAGUCCCUGGCGGCGUAGUGUGUUACUGAUGGUAGGCUUUGUUACUUUGGUCCCAGCUCUCUGCAGGUCAUUCACUAGGUCCCCCCGUGUGGUUCUGGGAUUUUUGCUUACCGUUCUUGUGAUCAUUUUGACCCCACGGGUGAGAUCUUGCGUGGAGCCCCAGAUCGAGGGAGAUUAUCAGUGGUCUUUUAUGUCUUCCAUUUCCUAAUAAUUGCUCCCACAGUUGAUUUCUUCAAACCAAGCUGCUUACCUAUUGCAGAUUGUCUUCCCAGCCUGGUGCAGGUCUAAAAUUUUGUUUCUGGUUUCCUUUGACAGCUCUUUGGUCUUGGCCAUAGUGGAGUUUGGAGUGUGACUGUUUGAGGUUGUGGACAGGUGUCUUUUAUACUGAUAACAAGUUCAAACAGGUGCCAUUAAUACAGGUAAUGAGUGGAGGACAGAGGAGCCUCUUAAAGAAGAAGUUACAGGUCUGUGAGAGCCAGAAAUCUUGCUUGUUUGUAGAUGACCAAAUACUUAUUUUCCACCAUAAUUUGCAAAUAAAUUCAUUAAGAAUCCUACAAUGUGAUUUUCUGGAGAAAAAAAAUCUCAAUUUGUCUGUCAUAGUUGACGUGUACCUAUGAUGAAAAUUACAGGCCUCUCUCAUCUUUUUAAGUGGGAGAACUUGCACAAUUGGUGGCUGACUAAAAACUUUUUUUUCCCCACUGUAUACACUUUACCAUACAUGUGUUUUGUAGAACAUAUUUUUCCAGUCAUAGUCAUCCAUUGAAGCAUUAAAAUGGUGGCCAAUUAUCCCUGUUACAGUUAUUAUUCAUUAAAUGGCCAUUUCUCUUCAGAGUCCAGAUGAGUUUGUUGAAAUGAGCUGAAUAAUUUUCCUGACGAAAGGGAGAAUGGAGAACUUGCGGUAGAGUUUCGUGCAUAUAUUAUGAUUACAUUUUGUGAAGUUUUUGUUCAUUUUGGACUAUGGUGAGGAUUCUUUCGGCUGUUCGAGCACACAGCAUUUUUUCUGGAUGCAAGCCGAAGUUCAGAGACGAAGUCUACGCCCCUUCGUUGGUAAUUGGUCAACAGUAGGGAUUCUUCAAUAAAGUAUUUGUUGUCAUUCAACAAGAGACGACUUGUUUUCAUGCAAAUCUUUUCAUUGAAAAAUACUGCACCAAACAUCUUAGUUAGAUGAAAUAUUGUGCGAAUAAGAUCUCUUCGGCAAAAACGUCAAAAUGAAUGACAGAUUUCUUGAGUUAUCUUCAAUUAAUUCUGACUAUUUUGAGGAAGUGUAUACUGGCUACGGCGUAACAAAAUGUAUUUUUUUCCUCAUUUUUCUAGCGAAGGUCUUUUAAGGGAGUAUGCAAGCACACUCGUUCGGUUCGGCUAGCCGAGUUGGGUUAGGUGCCAGCCGACCUGAAGCAUGCUGACGCCUUUAGUCUGCCUCUAGAAUGACACAGCAUGCCAGAACGCUGGGGACUAAUGCUUCAUGUACUGUAGACGUUACUGUUGAUUUCACUAGGAUAAACCCCCCCCACCCCAAAUACAGCCACACACACUGCACACUCAUCUAUUCCAUUUUACAUUGGCAGAUGUCAGUAUUUUAUUCAGUAGCAUAAAAUAGCCUUUAAUCAAGCGGCAUGGCACCUGUCUUGAGUAAAAUCCUGCGCUCAUCACAGCUGUCAAGGAACAGGCUUGCCCAACCCAACUCAAUAGGGUCGCCACAUCACAUGGUGUGAAUUCAUUGUUUAUUACACAAUAAUUACAUUGUUAUUAAUAGUUUGUAAGCUGCUAGACUCCCAAUUCCCACACGAACUUAAGCAUCUCUUGGAUUAACUGGUUGCAGGCUUUUGUUUCAGAUUCAUCGCAAUCUAGACAUCCAAGCGUAAAUGUGGUCCACUGAAUGUUUUUAUUUUUUAGAAAUUAAUCAAUUCUCAUUUUUUAUCCUCACGUCUCUUUAUUUUGUUUCAUAAAAAAAAAAUAUUUUCUUUCAUUCAUUUAUGAUUUAUGCCAAAUCGAUUUGAUUAACAUGAUUAAACUGCCCUGAUCAUAUUACUGCAUUGUUCCUUUUAUUGAUUACUAUUUAUUACGCUCCUCUAUUGGCUUAUGCUUCUCUGCUCUACUCAUUGGCUCAUGCUAAUACCCAUAACCCUUUUGUGCUGAUUUGGAUAAACCAGUUACAUUUAGAAUUGUUUUAAUGAUCCAUACUUACCCAGGAAGUUCUAUAUCGAGGGUACAAUGAAGUAUGCCUAAGACGCUACAGUAGUCAAGAUAAGUAAUACUGUAUAGAACUGUUUGCCCUAUUUCAAUCUGACCCAAUAUGACAUUUUUCUCCUCUAGAUCUUGUCUGUGCUCAAACGUCUCAGAUCUAUUUAUUGCUGUGUACAUUAGCAUAUUUCUGUCAUUCCUCAAGCUUUACUUCCCAUAGUGCUAUCUAAAACAUUUUCAUCAGGCCAAGUCUCCAUCAACAAGAGCCUGUAGCUUGUUACUCCCAGAAGUGGAACUGGGCACCAAAAUGCACUGCAGAGUCUAACCUACCUGUUCUUCUGGGCCCAAACCAACGCAGGGGGGACAAUGUAAUAACAAUGUAACUGUGUAAUAACAUUGUAAUAACACAUUGUAAUUGAAUACACAGGGAGAGUGCGCACAAUGCAGAGGUUGGGGCCAUAUUUGACAGGUAAUGACAUCACUACACGUCUACCUUCCCCUAUCGACAACGAACACAAACAAAACAAAUUAAACAACGCCACAAAAAAAAACUUUUCUUGGCCCAGUUGUUGAGUGAGAGAAUCUGGCAAAGAAAGUGCUGUAAUUUGCCCAGGUAAAAGAGCGGGUCGUUCGUGUUUCAGUGAGUGUUGUGUUCUGUUUCUCCUCUUUUCUGUCGUAGCGCAGGCUCGACUGGUCGCUGGCGCAGCGUUGACAGAACACCGGCUGCAUACUUUCCUUCCUUCAUUUUCUUUCUGUCCUUAUUGAAUUAUUGCAUUACGCAACAUUUGUGCAAUGUGCAGUAGUUUAUAAAUAAGAAAAGUGUGGUUUGGGCUAUUGCUUGGAUGGAAUUGUAUAGAUUAUGUGUGGUUAUAGUGUAACGUGUAAAUGCAUAGUGUAAAGAGGAUGUUAGACUUGUAUCCCAGCCCCCUGCCCUUCUGUUAAUUUCUCUAUUUGACUGCUGCAUCGUUGAGUGGAACUGCAGUGAGCCCUAGAGCAGAUGCUAACCCAUCUCCUCCUGUUCUCUUGUCCCUCUGUCACACCUCCCUCUCCUCGACCCUGGUUGUAGAGUUCUCACCGAGCUGGUCAGUAAGAUGAGAGACAUGCAGAUGGAUAAGACAGAGCUCGGCUGCCUCCGAGCCAUCAUCCUUUUCAACCCAGGUAAUCAUUUCAGCUCAAAUAAUGAUUUGAGACAAGAUAACGAUUUUAAGCCAUUUCAGCCCAGAUAUAGCAUGAUGUCAGGAAGAAUCACCCGUUAAUUAUUCUCAGUGCUAUAAUGCCUGUGUUUGUUCCUGCGUUCAGAUGCCAAGGGCCUGUCCAGCCCCAGUGAAGUGGAAUUGCUGAGGGAGAAGGUGUACGCAUCGCUGGAGGCCUAUUGUAAGCAGAGAUACCCGGACCAGCAGGGCAGGUACAAAAUAAACACACGCACUAUAGCACCUAUCCACACAAUACACCCACAUCACCGCCAUGAUUGACCUCCCUCGUUCUCCCCAUCGCCCCAGGUUCGCUAAGCUACUCCUCCGGCUGCCAGCGCUGCGCUCCAUUGGCCUGAAGUGCCUGGAGCACCUGUUCUUCUUCAAGCUGAUUGGCGACACCCCUAUCGACACGUUCCUCAUGGAGAUGCUAGAGGCGCCCCACCAGCUAACCUAG